AUGGAGCAAAAGCGAAUCUUCCUCGCAUCGCUCCGUCGAUCUCUGAGAGAUCUCGGUCUCGACAUCGUCCAUCCCUUUGCAGCCCAAAGCUACAAUGCUACAACUCUGGGCCAAAAGAACCCAAUGCACACGUUUGGUCAAACCUCGACCCUUUCCAUCAUUGUUGGCAGCAACCGCACGUUUUGGGGUCCCUUCCUCGCUCAGCACCACCCUGCCAACCUGAAGACCGAGGCUGAGAAAAAAGAUCCCAUGGAUCAUUACUGUGAAGGCAACAUCCCUAAAGUCACCCUCCAGGCUCUUCAAGAGGCAGGCCUAUACUCUGAUAUCGAGGGCCAUGAAGUCACUACGCCCUUCUCGGUCGCCUUUUCGCACUGGUAUAUCACUCAGCCGCCCGCAGGGACGCCGCCCCCAGGAUCCAAGCCCACGGGAUUUGUCGCUCCACCAGAGACUGUGCUCCCAAUCCAACAUGUGGCGCAGGCUGCAGGAUUCGCAUACUUCAACCCAAUUGCGUUCCUAAAUGUCCAUCCGGUCUACGGCCCUUGGUUCGGCAUGCGUUCGAUCAUCAUGGUCGACCUGCCCUACGAUAUCUCGGACAAUGAACUGUUGCUGAUAAAGGAUGAUGAUUGCAACAAGACUGGGACGUAUUCGCGCGAUUCCAAGCCGAUUGAACAUAACCCUGCUUUCUUGAGCUUAUCGCCUGAGGAAGUCAAAGAGCAGAAUGCUGCUUUGGAGAAAACAAAGACAGCCUUAUUAACUAAGGGCUGGGAUGCUCGCGACUGGAAAGAAUGGGUCGCAUUUCGACAGUCUUUGACGACGUACCGGCCAGACUGGCAAACUUGGCGGUACUCCGAUGACCAAAUGCGGUAUCAUUACCAGAAGGAACUUGAGUUCUUGGAGCAGUGUGCGAUAAAGUAUCGGGAACAACAACAAUAA